AUGCUCCAGUUUCUCGGAUCCGCUGCAACCUUCGUGCUUGCCGCAUCAAUCGUGACCGGUCUUCCCGUGCCCGAUGGAACGUGGCCUGCCAUCUACGUCGUCAAGUCUGGAGAGGUGUUUGACGGCGGCAUGAAGACCUACGACCGCUCGGACAUCACGUGCCUGGGCCAAACUGAGAGCAAUGGAACGUCCAAGGCCGUGUUCGAGGUUCAACCCGGCGCCACGCUGAAGAACGGAGUUCACUGCGAGAUGUCGGACUGCACGAUCGAGAACGUGUGGUGGGAGGACGUGUGCGAGGAUGCCUUGAGCAUCAAUGGCGGCGACGCCUCCAGCGUCUCCCGAGUUCUCGGCGGUGGAGCGCGUUACGCGGACGACAAGGUGAUCCAACACAAUGGCUUUGGCACUGUGGUCGUUGACUGCUUUUUCGUGCAGGACUUCGGCAAGUUGUAUCGCUCGUGUGGCAACUGCGUGUGCAACCCCCGUCCGCGUUUCCUCAACGUCAGCAACACUUACGUUGACCUGGAGAUCAUCAAGACCAAACGCGGGAUGAGCCAAACGUGA